AUGAGUAGGAACCCGCGCAAUGAAUCGGAGGACCAUCUCCGGGCAGCGGGGGCUGCGGGCCGAUGCGCUCACACCGGCGGCCCCGGCCCGGUCGAUCCAGCGAACGUCGAGCACUCGAGCACUCGAGCACCCGAGGGGCUGCUUCUCCAGCUUCCAAGUUUGUUCCAGAUGUUGCGCAUCGACUUCCAAUCGAGGAGUAACCUUAUUUGCCGUCGACGUGCGGAAGUGGGUGGUCCAUCCAUUGGGGUGCAAACUGACACGAAACCACAACUAUUCGCAUCUGACGGGACUCCUGCUCCUUCCCACCCCCGAACCUGGAACCCUCGAACUUUCCUCUCUGGCCACCCCCUUUCCCAGACGGUCCUCGUUCGAAUUGCCUCGGAGCUGCGCAGCUACAGCACCCUCAUUUCCUCGACACUGCGCCAGACAAUAGUAAUAAAUCCCCUCCCCGUCCGCCUUCACCCUCAGCAUGCGCCGACAGCACAUCUAGACGCGAUGAACGGAAUUCGCAGCAAGUUAGAAGACGAGGAUGCUCUUCAAGAAACCCCGCAACACUCGCCUGUAAAAGCGCUCUCCCCCCCAGACGCGCCAUUGCCUCACGACGGAGACUAUGUGACAAAAGCCCUUCAGUUUCUAUCAACUGCAACGCCGGAAACCCUCGGCGCGAUUGCUGUCGGUCUAGCAGCGGCUACAUACCUCAUUCUGGGGAAGCUGGGAUUGAUCUUGAUCGGCGCACUAGGAGGCGUGAUACUGCACGCGACAUGGGAAGGGCAGAGUACACUGAUUGGAGUGGGAGUGGGAGCAAAGGACAGGCGACAGGAAGGUCUUGAUGUAGUGGCCAGAUUAUUCGCAUGGCGGGACGCUCAACCAAAAGACGAGGACGAGGACGAGGACGAGGGCGACGAGACUGAGCACCUGGCGGACAGUUUCGAGGCAUUCAGACCAGAGACCAAGGCUGCUCUCACCGAAUUCGUGGAAGCUGUCAUUAGAGAUUAUGUAAAGUGGUGGUAUGAUCCUAUACUUCCCAAGGAAACCUCUUUUCCAGCAGCGUCGCGGCAGACAUUGACAAAGUUCAUGCUAUCGGUGUCUAACCAUCUAUCCCGGAAGCGGCCCGCAGACAGUUUUCUUGAUUUCCUUACCAAUUCGUCCUCCAUUGUCAUUGUUUUCCUCAAUGAGCUCUCCAGCGCUUUGUCAACCCAGCCGGCGAGCGUGCCGGCCGCGGAAGCAGUAUAUACGUACCUAUCAGCCAAUCCAGAUUCCAAUUUAGCCAAUGUGUUGAACGAAAAGCAACACAUGAAGAAAUUUAGGAUGAUUGCGGAUGACAUAUUACAGAACUUCCUAGAAAAACCGGCGUAUGCAUGUGAUCCUGCUCGUCUUUUUUUACGGGAGAUUCUGGCUGGGGUGGUCUUAGAUAUGACGUUAAAAAGCUGCUCCAAACCCGAGUGGAUAAAUGGAUGGAUUGUACAUCUCUUGGAAGAUGGCGAGCCGGAUUUCAGUCAAGCCAUUGACGUUGGGAUGGGAAACGUGCCUGAUGUUAGUACUCUAAGUGACAUAGAUGGUAACGUUGGAAAUAUAGGGCUUGCCAAGUCACCGGCGACGCCUUCAAUACAGGAAUUCAAGAAGCAUCAGAAGCGUCUGAGCAAGGCCGAAGAGGCCAUGGAAGAGGCUAUGGAAGAGGCAAAGAGAUUGUCACAGCUGAUGGCAGAGGAAGACGCGAACAAGCAGGCUAUUAGAAAGCCAGUAGAUAAUGUUCCAAAGGCUUUGGUUGCUGGUGUCGAGACCUCUACUAAUGAAUUAGCCGUGGAAACCAAGGGAUUACCGGCUAUCCCAUCACCCAGAACGCCAAACCAAACAUCUGAGGGUUUUCAAAACAUUUCAACGACCCACAACAGUGUUUGCGAGUCCCCUAGAUCUACCACUUCGCCAAAUGAGGUUUGGGAGGCAAGUAGCCCGUCUGCUUCACCAGAAAGACAAGAAUCGACACCUUUUACUAGUUUUGAUCAAAUCGUUCCGCCAUCAACUCCAGUUGCUCUCCAAGAUGUGUCACCUAUGCCACGUCGGAAAACCGUGUCUCUCACACUACACAACGCUAAUAUCAUCAUCCACGACGAUUCUACAACAAUGGAUAAAGGGCCUUUGCGUAGUAAGCCAAACUCUGAGUAUUUGAUUCAGAUCGAACCCGCUUCAUCAGACCAUCCUGGCUGGAUGAUUGUUCGCAGAUAUCCAGAUUUCGAGACGCUACACGAAGUUUUAAGACGAAUUGCCAAACUUUCAGGUGUCGUUGCUUUCAGUGAGCAACACAGCACGUUGCCAAAUUGGAAAGAGCAUACAAAGGCAUCCCUUCGUGGUGAGCUAGAGCGGUAUAUUCGGGACGCUUGUUGGGAUCGUCAUCUUGCUGAGAGUGAGGGCAUGAAGAGGUUUCUGGAGAAGGACAGCCAAAACACAACUGCCCCUACUGCCAAAAUUGGAUUUGGCUGGCCAGCUCCAUCGGCGAUUGAAACUAUGGGCAAGGGCAUGUUGGACGUGCUCGCAAGCGCACCUCGAGGUGUUGCCGACGGCGGGAAAGCACUGGGUGGCGGGAUUUCUGGCGUUUUCAACAACCUUGGCAAAGAAAUUGGGAACCUUGGUCAGAAGAAGACGAAUGGCAGCACCGCAAAUGUUGGUGCACACGUAGCAGGCCGAGCUUCAACUUCAACCCUUCCUCGGGUUGACAGUUCUGGUUCAAUGGCAACUUCGAUAUAUAGUAAUCGCAGAGCGAGAGCUAGCGAAGACAGCUUGCGUGCUGUACCACUUGUGGCAACGCAACCUUCCAAGGUUCCACCAAUGGAACGCAGACCUAGCUAUCAUUCAAUUGCAGAGGUCGAAAACGAGCGGGAAUCUCGACCUUCGACAUCCGCGAGGUCGUCGAUGAGUGGUUCUCGAAGUGCGAAUCACAGCCGAGCUCCUAGUAGAGCCCCCUCGAGGAGAGGAACUCCUCUCAAUUCUCCCACGCAAGCCACGAUGGAGCAGCUAAGAUUACCUCCUCCACCAAGUGCGAUAUCUGAAGACUAUGGCACAGAUACUACGAUAAACACAGAUAGCACGGCGCCUAGCAGAAAUUCAAUGAGUACGGCGCCAUCCCAACCAUCACCAGGAAGACCAUCAAUCUCCACGCCCAGGAUCUCAUCAGCAAAUAUCAGCGCCUCGCCCAUUAAGCAACGUAAAGAACCAAUGCCCAUGACCGAGGAAGAAACUUGCGUAGCAGUGGAGCUCCUCUUUGCCGUCGUAAGCGAACUUUACACCCUUUCUUCAGCCUGGAAAUUCCGCCGUACCCUUCUCAACGCCGCUAAAACCUUUCUCUUAAGGCCUGGAAAUCCGUCUCUUUCUUCGAUUCAAUCACUCAUUCAAGACUCUGUCAUCGCCUCCAACACCUCUGAUGCCGGAAUCGCAGCCCAUCUUCGCAAGUUACGACAAAACAGUCUUCCGACCGAGGAAGAGUUGAAAGCUUGGCCUGCCGAGAUGACGGCCGAAGAAAAAGAAAGCUUGAGACUCAAGGCACGGAAGUUACUGGUUCAGAGGGGUGUUCCCGUUGCGUUGAGCGGUGUUAUGGGACAGGCUGCCACGAGCGAAGCAAUGGGGCGGGUCUUCGAUUGUUUGCAGAUUGAGGAGGUUAAUAGAGGGUUGAUGUUUGGGAUGCUAUUACAGUGUGUCAGGGCUGUCACACAGUAG